GAGUUAUCUAUGGGUUAGGAAAAGGUUAGAAAGUAUUGGAAGCACUUGACUGUUUUGUUAUUUCAAGUCUUAUCUUUCUUUAAAGUGAUAACUGAUAUUAAUCGUUUUAAUUUUCCAUUCCAUUUUCGUUUAUAAAGUGAAAAAGUUAUGCCAAAACCGAGCAAGAAAAAGGCUGCAUCUUCAUCGUCUUCUGACUCAGAUUCAGGACCGGAGGAUAGAAAUCCACCAGCCAAGAAACCGAAGACUGAAAACACUAGUAAGAAGCAGCAAGAUGAUGAUAUUUCUUGGAGUCUGGGAAAGAGACGUUUUGCCAAGUUAUGCGAAUUUAAGGGUAACUGGUAUGUUGAUAUUCGUGAAUUUUAUGAUGUAGGCGGGGACUUAAAACCUGGAAAAAAAGGUAUAAUGUUGACAAUGGAGCAAUGGCAGAAACUAAAGUCUCAAAUAGAUUCUAUUGAUGAGGCAAUUAAGAGGAAUGUUUAGUGUUCUAUGUGUUCAUGUAAUAUAUUUUUCUGUAAUGGCUAAACUUUUGAAAAGGACAUUAUGUUACUGAAGUAUUGAUAAAUAACUUACGGCAUUUGUAAUAUUUUGUCUAAUAAAGUGGUUACAUUAAUGAAAAGAAA